CGCUGUAUUGCCUCGAAACGAAAGGGACCUCUGAAGUAUGGCUUUCCAGGUGUAAUAUGCGGCUUAUCAUUGCUUUAUUUUGAGAAGGAGCUCUACAAGACCAUCGUUAUUAGCACGCAGAAUAUCUUAUGAUAUUAAUGUAUAGAACCUGCAGUCUAAUGAGUGCGAGUAUAGCUAAGUCUCGCAUAUUAAACGCUAAAUGAAUAGGUCUGUUCCUCAAUAAAGGAACGAAAAACAGAAUUGUUACCGUGGCUUUUGUAUAAAAACAGCCAUAGAAAAUCCUCUGCUUCGGAACGGUCCGACGCUAAAAAGACUCCCAGUAUUCCAACAGUCUCUUAGGCAGUGACUGCUCUUGUGUUGUUUCAUUCAGAAGGUCGGCUCUAGAACGGAUGGACGUUGAGAAGGGAAAGAGAUAAGCAUAUUUUCUUUCGUUUUGCUGUUAACAGGACUGUUCGGAUGGUUUCAGUGUUGUGCCUGAGAGGUGAUGUAAGCUGAGCUUUUGGAUGCGGGUGCACGCCGAGGAGCUGUCCACGCUGUCGAGGUGCUGAUGCGGCUCUGAGAGGACGCUAGUAUGGCUGCCGGGAAGUUGCUGCUCUAUGCCGGUCUUUCCCUCUCUCUGUGCGCCCUCGGAAUGCUGGCCGUGGCUAUCUGCUCCGACCACUGGUACGAGACGGACGCUCGCAGGUACCAGGAACGGUGCCGAAGUUUCUCGAGCCGUCGGAAGGACCCGGGCUUUAUUUACAUCCCCAGUAUUAGCCUCCCUUUGCGCGCAAGUCGCUCCAGUUUGGACCGCUGGGAGGAAAAGCUGCUGCUGGCUCGGAACCGUCGGCAGCUGUUCGCGAUGAGUGCCGCGGACGAAUGCAGCAGGCAGUACAAUUCCACCAACAUGGGGCUUUGGAGCAAAUGCCACCGUCUGGGAUUCAACCAGGAUAUCGAGGAUCUCAUUCGCAAAGGCUCCAUUGCAAGAUGCUCUUACAUCAAGUACCACUACUCCUCAGCCACUAUACCCAAGAAUCUCUCCUACAACAUCACCAAGACCAUCCGGCAGGACGAGUGGCACUCACUCCACCUGCGGCGGAUGACGGCAGGCUUCAUGGGCAUGGCGGUGGCCAUCAUCCUGUUCGGCUGGAUCAUCGGGCUCCUGGGCUGCUGCUGGGACCGCGGCCUCAUGCAGUACGUGGCCGGCCUGCUCUUCCUCAUGGGAGGUACGUUCUGCAUCAUCUCCCUGUGCACCUGCGUCGCUGGCAUCAACUUCGAGCUGUCCCGCUACCCACGCUACCUGUACGGCCUGCCCGAUGAUAUCAGCCACGGCUACGGCUGGUCCAUGUUCUGCGCCUGGGGCGGCCUGGGCCUGUCGCUCAUCGCCGGCUUCUUCUGCACGCUGGCCCCCUCCGUCCAGCCCAUCCCCCGCUCCACCUGCCCCAAGUCCCGACAGGAGAACGGCACCGUGUGCUAGAGGAGAAAUGCCGCACACACACACACAAAAUAUAUACACACACUUACACACACACACUUUCACACACUUAUACACACACACACACCCGCACACACUUACGCUCAAAUUAAAUAGUGAGUUACUAAACAUGCCAUUCCUUCAUCUGCAAACCACGUCUCCAACAUGGCCGCCAACAACAACAAACAAAAAAAAGAAAGAUUUUUUUUUUGAAAUUAUUAUUAUGUGUAAGUAUAAAAUGAGUGUCAUGAUCUUUGAACAAAUGAAAUGUACUGAAAAGAAAAAGAGAAAAAAAAAAUCGACAGACCAAUAUUAAUCAAUGAACUACGGUGGCUGUUCCUGUGCACAGAAACACUGGACUAAAGCUCGUGUUAGGAGCAAGACCCUGCUUCCCUCUAUGGACCAACGUGAAAAUGAAAUGGAACUAAACAACCAAUGGAACGUGGAGGACUCACUGGACUGAAUGGCCUCGGUACUGUAACUCCACGCUCCAUGUUGCCAGGUUGGUGUAGGAACUGAGCAGUGCACCACUGGGUUAAUAAUGAAUAAUGGACAACCACUGGAGGGAGUUCCCCAGCUUUUCUCAAGACCCCGAGUUCUGUUGAUGGUGACUGAUGCAAAAAUUACUCGAUACUGGCGAGUGCAAACGGAUGCCAAACGCAAUGGAAUAUGGAAAAUUCUUGAACUUUAUAGACAAUGAGUACAGGAUUUUUUUGAACGUCUUGGAUAAAAAAAAAUAAAAAAUAAACUCUUGACUAGUCAAGAGUUGGAUGAGCAACAAGGACUCUUGGGUGUAAGACCUCUGUAGCAGGUUGUGUUCUUGCACAGAUAUCUCCACCACUGUACAAACUUGUAAAGAAUAGCCUAGGGGCAACAUACAUUUGAGGGGAAAACAUUUUUAUUUGUUUGUUUGGUUCAUUGUAUUCCCAUUCUUCCAGACUGUAUAUGAUUCAGAUAAUGUUGUUUGUCCCCUUUUCACUCAAUACAUAUUUUACUUUUAUUAUCUUUUUUGCUACAUAUCAAAAGCACCACCAACAGGGACAAAUAUGUUGAGUGUCAGAUUUGCGUGUUUGUGAAUUUCUUAUGUUUUCUUUUGUACUCUUCUCAUAGCUGUUUGUGUGUGUGUGUGUGUGUGUGAGAGAGAGAGUGUGUGUAUGCGUGUGUUUGUGUGUGUGUGUGUGUGGGAGGUUCACAUCUCUGUGGAAAACAGAAGACAUACCAUAAAAAGAAAAAAUCUGAAAAUGUAACAGAAACUGGAGUCAGGACCUACCCUGGAGGGAACGGCAAAGACAAGUGUGACGUGUUUCCCAACUGUGUGGUGGGAGAGAAGGAAGGAAGGAAGGAAGGAAGGAAGGAAGGAAGGAGGAAGGAAGGAUGGAAGGAAGGAAGGAAGGAAGGAAGGAAGGAAGGAAGAUGAGAAGAAAGGGAAUAAUAAAGAAAGGAAAGAGAAUGAUGAAGAAAGGAAAGAGGAUGAUGAAGUGGAAAGAGGGUAAAGGAUGAAAGGAUGAAGCUAAGGGAAAGAAACAAAGCUGAAAUAAAAGCGAAGAGCAUAGAUAGAUAGAUAGAUAAAUAAAUAAAUAAAGGGAAUAAGAAGGACAUGAAACUAGAAAGACAAAGAGAGCAGUUUGACAGAGAAAAAUAAAAACAGGCCUCACUCUCAGACAACUCUUGUUCCAUCAGUAGAGAGAGAUCCCAUCAGCUUAUGAAAGAGCUCCGGUUCCGUUCAGAGACCCCCCUCAUCUCAUCACUCUUUCAGACAUGUGCAGACUUCUUUUUCUUUACCAGACAUGAGUCAAUCUUACACAGUGGUGGGCUCUAUUAUUAGACACAUUUCACACACACACACACACACACACACACACACACCACACAGUGAUCUUCCUUCUGCCUUUCUCUCCACUUCAGUGAUUUAAUUCUCCUUUGCUCCUGUGAACCUGUGAAUUUAUAUUGUGAAAUUGGGACAAAAGCUCUCAUGGCGAGCCAUUCAGUGAAGCACAAGCUUAAUACAAUCCUCUCGCAGUCCUGCUUUCUGCCCACAACCCCACACGUCACAUCCCUUUAUCAGAAAUCUGCUCCUAACGUUUAUUAUGAUCCAGAGUAUUAAGCCCCUGAACCUUACACAGUGCAGCGCAAACGGCACACCAUCCGAAACGCAUCAGAUGCUUUUAUCAAAAUGUGCACCUCAUCCGACAAAACAAAGCAAAUCAGUGAUUCGAGGCAUUCGAGGAUGAGUUGGUUGUGUAACAUCACGGCCAUUUCAUCAAAUCCUACGUCAGCGGAGGUGAAACGGAGAGGAAGUGUCAUCGCUGCUUUGGCAGAUGAGCAGUGCCCCCAGGUGCCAACUUUAGAGGGAAAACCAAGUACAGUGUACCUCCCCCCUCCCUCCCCACAGUAGUGUGCACCAUAUUUUUUUGUGAUAUUCGGAAGAUAAACACAGCCCAUUUGAUUUAUUUCAGCAUCUGUUGGUGCCCAGUCAUGCCAUGUCUCUUUCCAUUCACUGCUAGAGAGGAGGAGGAGGAGGAGGAAGGACUCUCUGCGUGCGGGCUCUACUCUUAACAUGCUCAGUGUGUGUCAGAGUAGCCUGGCAACAGUCGCUGACGACACACAGUCACAGCAAAGCAUUUCCAAUGCAGAUUUAAAAGGGUUUAGAGUCGCUAAUUUAUGGGAAGGUGACAACGCUGCAUUACAAAUGUGGUGUGACUGUUAAUGUGAUGGGAUCCAGUGGGUGUGCUUCACCAAAGACACAUGAACGGACUAAUAUGGAUCAGUGAGAAGUUAUUGGUGGCUCUUAAUUUGCACUGUUGUGGUCCAGUUAUUUGAAAGAGAGUGGUGGGGUUACCCGGGAAACUCAAGCUGAUAGCGCAAUUGACCAUGAAAUUGCAUUAACUUCACCAGACACACUUGAGGAGCUUCUAGUUAUAGCUCUCUUCCACACAAUCUGUUCAGCAGGAACCCCAGUAGAUAAGACACUCCUUUUACACUAAUGCAUAAGGCUAAGCUAAAUCAAUGCCAGGGGUGCUCUCCAUUAAAACUCAUCCAACUGCCAGAAUAUGCCUCAUCUUGAUGUUUUUUGAACAAGUGUGAAGACUGUUAGCUCCUGGAAGUAUUCUGCCUUGGAGCACAUGGGAUCUUAUGUAAUGUGUGUCUUCCUUGACACACUUAAUGGCACAGUAUUUAUUCCCAUCCAAGACCAUUACACAAUGCAACUUGUGCGUAAAGGGGGUCAGUCACUGCUCACACACACACACAGUUCGCUUUUAUCCCUUGCAGGUAUGAACCAAAACCUACAUUUCACUGGGAUUCAGUUGUGGGUGUGAGGGUGGGCGUGUACCAGAGUUGCAAUUCUGAGUAUAAGGGUGAGCAAUUCUGACUAAUUCUGUACCCCUCCUUUUCUUACCCAUUUCACAAGGCAGAGAAUGAUGUCUUAGAGAAGCACAGCAGUUAAUGACUCAAUCAAAGCACGGGAGUGACGUAGCAGGAUGCACAUGGCAUGGUGGCCUUGGAGCUAUGCGGUGUGAUUAUUGCAGAUUGACUGAGUGUGUGUGUGUGACAUAACGAGACAGAGAUUCUGAGUAUUACGCCACCUGACUUGUUCCUGAGUCAAUUCCAAUCAGAUGACAGGCAGACGAAAUGUCACAUGAUAAGAGUCUGUGGGAGAAUGAUGGGACAGCUCUAGGGGGUGUCUGGUGCUCCAGUGACCGGUGGGCCUGUUGUUGCUGAAGUGUGAACGGUUGACUGUUUAAUCGCUUUGUCCCAUUCUCAUGGUGUAAAUAGUAUCCAAGGCAGACACACUACAGUGUUUUUAAGAGAUGUUCAAAAAAUGAAAGAAAAUGAGGAACUAUCAGUCUUUUUCAUCAGUAAUGUGUAUGUUGAGUAAACUUAAAAAAAAAAAAAAAAAAGAUUUAAAAAAUAAACAUGACAAAUGAUGUUUUAAAAAAAAUCUGGAAAUGUUAAAAACUGUGGAAUGUAAAAAAGACAACAUUAUGAAAUAAAAUUCAUUGGUGUGUUUACUUGUA